AUGGUUCGUUGCAGCAAUUGUUUUAUCACAUUGCUUAAUUUUAUCACGUUGGUGGCUUCGGCAAUGCUCAUAUUGAUGGCAAUGUCGUUCGGUAAUAACUCGAAUGCCAGUACGUGCCAGAAAGUUCUUCAAAGGCCUAUGAUGAUAUUAGGGGUAGCCCUUUUGGUAAUUUCUUUGAUGGGAAUUGUAGGUGCGGCAUGCCAUGUCUCAUUUUUGUUGUGGAUAUAUUUGUUCUUGCUCUUCUUGGUCAUUACAGGGAUGAUUAUUUACUCAAUAUUCAACCUCUUUUUCACGUUGUCGCAUAUAGAUGAUAGAAACCAUGAAAAAGGUGAAUGGGAAGACACGUUUCAGGAAUAUUCACAAUGGAUGAAAAAGAAUGUACCUGAUGAACGACACUGGGAUAAGAUUAAGAGUUGUAUGAUUGAUGCCAAAUUUUGUAAAUACAUUCCCAAGGACAGAACUGAGGAUUAUUACAAAAAUAAGCUCCCCAAGAUUCAGUCUGGUUGUUGCAAACCACCGGUGUACUGCAACUUUCAGUUCCAAAAUGCAUCGACUUGGAUAGUGCCGAAAACAGGGCCAGCAGAUGGAGAUGCUGACUGCAAGGCUUGGAGCAACGAACAGGAUGGCAUGUGCUAUAACUGCAAUUCAUGCAAGAAAUCUGUAUUUGACGACCUCACGACAUAUUCCAAGCAUUCCUCUCUUAUAAGCCUUAUCAUCUUCAUUGUUCUCUCCAUUGUUUACUCUAUUGGCUGUUGUGCUCUUACUAAUAACAGUUACAGAGAAAGGGCAUACGUCUACCAUGGCUACAGAACCUAUGGUCCUGGCCCUUACGGUUAUCCAUGA